UUAAUUCAUUUAAACUUGUGCACUAUUAUAAAUCCGCACUUUUCUUCUUCGAUUUAUGCAUUGAUUUUUUUUUUUAACACCACUCUGAUGCGAUUGAUUUAAAAGACAUAACGAACAAGCCACCAUGGCUUACAGCAGACUGCUUUACCUUCCCUUUACCCUGCUCUUGCUGCUAUCCUGUUUUUUUCCGGGCCACUUUUUACCCCAUCUGGGUCCCGAGCCCUCUUCGACCGAAGGCGCCUCCAGCCUGGCUUUUGUAUUUGACGUGACUGGUUCCAUGUACGACGAUCUCCAACAGGUGGUGGAAGGAGCUUCUGGCAUCCUUGAGAAAACUCUGAGUCGCAGAAGGAGACCCAUCCAGAACUUCGUCCUUGUGCCCUUCCAUGACCCAGAUAUUGGGCCCAUUUCGAUGACCAUGGACCCCAUUCAGUUUCAAAAAGACCUAAAGGAUCUGUUUGUGCAGGGAGGUGGCGACUGCCCUGAGAUGAGCAUUGGAGCCAUUAAGAAAGCCCUGGAGGUCUCUCUCCCAGAAUCAUUCAUCUAUGUGUUCACUGAUGCCAGAGCAAAAGACUACCGCCUGAAGAAAGAUGUCCUGCAGCUGGUACAGCUCAAGCAGUCUCAGGUUGUAUUUGUUCUAACUGGGGACUGUGGUGACCGCAGCCAGCCAGGGUACAGAGCUUAUGAAGAGAUUGCGGCCACCAGCUCUGGACAGAUCUUCCACCUGGAUAAGCAGCAAGUGAACGAGGUGCUGAAAUGGGUAGAAGAGACUGUACAGGCUCUUAAAGUUCACCUAGUCUCCACAAACCAUGAAAGUGGCCAAGAAAACGAAUGGGUCGUUCCUUUUGACCCCAGCCUGAAGGAAGUCACCAUUUCUCUGAGUGGCCCUGGUCCUGAGAUUGAACUCUACGACUCUACUGGUAGAAGUGUUGGGCAAGAGCUCGGACUGACAGAACUGCUGAAUAUCCCAAACUCGGCCCGUGUGGUCAGCGUGAAACACCCUCUUCCAGGCACCUGGACAAUAAAAGUUCGCUGCACAGGCCGACACUCUUUGCGCAUUACUGGAGUGAGUGCCUUGGAUUUCAGGGCAGGCUUUUCUAGUCAUCCCGUGGAGGAUUUCAGCCAGACUAGGGAACGACCAAUACAAGGGGUCCCAACUCACGUCUUGCUGAAAUGUACAGGAUUGACUUUCCCUGGUCAUCUGACGCACAUGGAGCUCUUAUCUGUUGCUGGUCAUUCACUCUGGACACUUGCCGUGCCACUCCCCAUUGAUGCUGGUGCUCGUGGGCUGUGGCCGGUCCCCGAGUUUCGACCUCCUCGAGAGAGUUUCUUCUUGAAAAUCACCGGCCUUGACAAAGAUGGCUAUGCCUUUCAGAGAUUGUCCACUGUCUCAUACACCAAUAUAGUCGCAGAUCCUCCGACUGUGAGGAUGCCCAGCAGAAUCACUGGAAAUUUUGAGCAGUCUGUUGUGGUUACCUGUGAGGUGGAGAGCAGUGUGCCAUUCCGAGUGAGAAUCGUGAAGAGUGGAGCCCAGCUGGGAGAGGAGCGAUCUUUUCGAAUUUCUUCCAACACCAGUUGGGAAAUUAGCAACAUAUCUGGAAAGGAUGAGGGUGUCUAUGAAUGUAUUGCCCGCAGCCAUGCAGGAGUGGGCCGAGCCAAUGCCUACCUAUUUGUUAUUGAACCAAGGCCACUUGUGUUACCACCUCACAACGUGACAGUGUUUCCUGGUGGGAUUGCCGUCCUUUCUUGCCGGGUGGAAGGCAACAUGCGAUACAAUCUAACUUGGGAGAGAGCAGGACAUAAAAUCUCUGGGAACGAGGACAGCGUGAAGAUCCUUCAGAACUCAUCCUUGGUGAUCCACCAUGUGACAGAAGAGGACGCUGGCCAGUAUGACUGUGUGGCAAGUAACACCAAGGGUAGCAGUCGUGCAGCUGUUUGGUUGCAUGUGCCAGAACAUCCUCGAGUAACUGUCUUACCAGUAACACAGACCUUCUUGCCAGGGGCUGUAGUUAAGAUAUCCUGCAUGGCAUCAGGGUACCCUUCACCGCAACUUUCCUGGAGAUUUGGUAACAGCAUUGUUUUGGAAAGUUCCAGGAUAUCUGUUUCUGAACACGGUACCCUGACAAUUAAACCUGCUGCUCCAGAGGAUGCCGGAGUCUACAGUUGCCUGGGGAUAAACAACAUUGGCAUGGAUGUGCAGCGUGCUACACUGAUCUACAAUGAGGCUCCACGCGUCACUGUGGUAAGCCACUCUGUGUUGGUAGCAGUGGGAGAAGACGCCAUCUUGGAAUGUUCUGCGACAGGAGUGCCACCUCCAGUGGUCCGAUGGUACAAAGGUGAUCACCUGCUGGACAGUGAACUCUUCGCAGGAACGAGUGAUGAACCUGGGAUUUUGCACAUCAGGACAGUCCAGGCUGUAGAUGCAGGGGAUUACAGCUGUGUGGCAAGCAGCCAGGCUGGGACAUCCUCAUCUGUGGUAGCCUUGAAUGUUGGUACCAAACCUAAAUUUCUGGACACACCAACUGAUGUCACAGUGGAUGUGGGUCAAAACUUGACACUGCCUUGUACUGCCCAAGGCUACCCAUCUCCACAGGUCGUUUGGAGCAGGGAAGAUGGACAGCCAGUGUACACCAAACCAGACACAGUCCAGCUGGAGAAAGGCAGCCUCUACAUUGAGCGUGUUUGGCUUGAUGAUGGAGGUGUUUACAUCUGUGAAGCUAAAAACAGCCUGGGGUCAGUCCAGACCAAGGUCCGAAUCUCCGUCACAGGAUUUGAGCCUCCUGUUUUGUCAGAGGGAGCCCCAGCGGUGAGCGUCCUGAUUGGCAGCCCUUUCACCCUGCCCUGCAUGCUAGUGGAUGGGAAGCCUCCUCCCAUUAGACACUGGACCCACAAUGGAAAGCCGGUGUCCUUGGACUCAAGGAUCUCCACUCAUAGUGAUGGAAGCCUUCAUAUCCAGAGGGCAGUGCUGGAGGAUGCUGGCGUAUUUGUCUGCACAGCUGUCAAUCUUGCUGGCUCCACUGAUUUAUCUGUAAUUGUUUAUAUCCAUGUUCCCCCAUCCAUCAGUACUGGUCCUGCACAUUAUGUCACCAAUGAAGGCAUGGCAGUCACAUUGUCGUGUGAUACCCAAGGAGUACCAGAGCCAGAAGUGCUGUGGUUCAAGCGAAAAGAACUUAUCCCCAGGCAGACCACCCGAUACUUGAUGGACAGUCGAGGGUCGCUAGUUAUCCCAGAGCCGAAGCCUGAAGAUGCAGGAGUUUUUGUGUGCAAUGCCACCAACUUGGUGGGUUACGCUAGUAGGGAGAUGGAACUUCAGGUCAAUGUCAAGCCCACAGUCAAGGGAUCAAAUGAUCAGCCUGAACCUCACACAGUGACAGCAGUUAUUGGGUCGGAGGUGAUCCUUCCGUGUGAGGCCCAGGGAAUCCCUACACCCACUGUGACCUGGAAGAAAGACUCCUACCCCUUCCCAGCAAUUGCAGCACGGGCUGUGGUUCUGCCUGGAGGGUCACUGAAGAUCAGUGGGUCUCAGCAGACCGACAAUGGACUUUACAGAUGUUUUGCUGUCAACAUUGCAGGGAAUGCCACGAUAUUGUACAGGCUGCAGGUCCAGAUUCCACCCAAAAUUCUGCCUGGACCACGUCUUCUCAAAGCUCUUGUUGGUCAACUGGUUACUUUGCCCUGUUUGGCUCAUGGGGAUCCUGUACCGGAGCUGAAAUGGUUUCGGAAUGGAUACCCACUGGAAAACAUAGCAUCCACUGACCAGUAUGGAGGGUCCCUUUUUAUUAGGAGUGUGAAAUCCUCUGAUGCAGGAGAAUAUCGCUGUGUAGCAGUCAGCCACAGCGGAGAGGACAUGGCAGAAAUUACACUGGAGGUCUUGGAGCCUCCAUUCUUUGCCAGCCAUGAGGAUGUGCUUGUAGAAGAAGUUCUUAAUCGGAUGGUGACACUGCCUUGUCCUGCACGAGGCUCACCAACCCCUGAGAUCCACUGGUUUAAAAAUGGCCUUGAAAUCUCUGAUAGCCAAUCAGGAUUCUCCUACUUGCAGAACGGCUCCUUGGUGAUUGGCUCGAUCCAGACAACACAGAGUGGGGACUACAAGUGCAUUGCAACAAAUGAGGCAGGCUCAUCUGAGAAGAGAUACCGACUACAGGUCAACGCUGCUCCUGAAAUCCAGGAGGAUGGCCAGCCUCAAAAUCGAACUGUGACCCUGAAUCAUCCUUUAACACUCACCUGUGAUGCUUAUGCCAUCCCAGCUCCAUCAGUCACAUGGCUCAAGAAUGGCCUUCCGAUUUCAGAAGCUACCAGGAUUUGGAUCCAGAAUGGAGGUCAGACUCUACGUAUCCCCCGAGUUCAGAUGAAGGAUUCUGGGCAAUUUUCCUGUCAUUUCAAAAACAAGGUUGGAGAGGCUGAACGAACGUUUUACAUAAUGGUACAAGAACCACCUAUUAUCUCAGGAGGAUCAAAUUCACAGGACUUCACAGCUACAGUGGGACAUGAAGUGGAAUUCCAGUGUCGUGUCACCGGCUAUCCAGUGCCUCUCAUUGAGUGGACCAAGAAUGGAGAGCCAAUUCCUCCUCAAGGGAGCCCUCAUGUUGUCUUUCUAGAACAGGGCCAGGUGAUGAAAGUAAAAUCAGCCAACCUGAAAGACCACGGCCGGUACCAAUGUGUCGCCAUCAACUCAGCAGGACGACAAGUCAGAGACUUCAGACUCACAAUUCACUCUCCUCCCAGUAUUCACAACUCUACAUCACUGACGGAGCUGUCUGUGUUACUGGGCCACUCGGCAAGUCUCUCCUGUGAUGCAGAAGGCGUCCCACCUCCUCGAAUCACCUGGCUAAAAGAUGACCGACCUGUCAUUUCUGGACAGCGAAUGAGCUACAGUGAAUGGGGCCGGACACUGUAUAUCGGAGGAGUGCGAGGGGACGAUGCAGGGCGCUAUACCUGUCGUGCAGUCAGUGUGGCUGGAAAAGCUGAAAGGAGCUAUUUGAUGAAGGUUCUUGUUCCCCCAAAGAUUGAGAAGCAUCGGCUCACCACAGUUGGUGCGGAUUCCAGAGAAAUCAAGGUGCGAAUCAACCACACUCUGUCUCUGACCUGCAUGACUGAAAACCAACCUGAACCCAACUUGGUCUGGUUCAAGAAUGGCCAGAUUCUGAAGAGUGAUAAUCGGACUCAUAUUGAAAAUGGAGGCCAGCUACUAAGAAUUCAAAACUCCCAACUAUCCGAUGAAGGACAGUACACCUGUGUGGCAUCAAAUGAGGCUGGAGAAGACAAGAAGGACUUUGUUGUCUAUGUUCAAGUGCCACCAGUGUUCCAUCGUGUGAAUGGUGGCCCAGCUGCCUGGGAGACAAAUGUGCGGGAGAUGGCAGGAGAAGAGAAAACAGAACUUGUGGAGGUGGUGCUCAGCCACCCUGUCUCAUUGUCCUGUGAGAGCAAUGCCAUCCCUCUGCCCCAAAUCAGCUGGUACCACAAUGGCAAGGAGCUGUCCAACAGUGACGGAGUGGUCCUUCUCCCAGGUGGCAGCGUUCUCCAGAUCCCAGUAGUGCGAGAGGAAGAUGCUGGAAGGUACACAUGCCAGGCAGUGAAUGAGGCUGGAGCAGAUCGGAUGCACUACGAGCUGGUGGUUCUUGUGCCUCCUGUCAUUCAAGGGAAGACACUUCAUCUUGUGGAAGAGGUGGAGGUGCUGGUCAAUGGAACCUUGGAGCUGAGGUGUGAGGUCUCUGGGAAUCCGAGUCCAUCAGUAUCCUGGCUGAAGGAUGGACGUGCCCUCCACAACAGCUUGCGCCAUCAUAUCUCUGAGAAAGGGAAGAUGUUAGUGGUGUCCAUGGUGCAGCUCAGUGACAUGGCUGGAUAUACUUGUGUAGCAGAGAACAAAGCAGGGUCCGCAGAGAGGCUCUACCGGGUGAGCGUCCAAGCACCUCCAAAGAUUGUGGGUGAGAGACAUGACAAGAUCAGUGUGAUUGUGGACCACAUGGCCUCACUGACAUGUGAUGUCCAGGCAUACCCUGCUCCAGAAAUUACUUGGUACCGAGAUGGUAACCUCUUGGAAUUUAGUUCAGACCUGCUUGUUCUCCCAGGUGGACGGGUGCUUCAGAUCCCUCGUGCAAAACUCUCUGAUGCGGGUGAAUAUAUGUGCUCUGCUGAGAAUUCCGCUGGACAUGACAAGAAGCAGAUUCAUCUGAGCGUAUACUACCCACCCACUCUGAAGCAACAGCCCGGUACUGAUCAGGACAUGACCUUGAGAGCUGGGUCCUUGGUUAGCUUUUACUGUGAUGCUGAGGGGGAGCCUAAGCCUGAAGUAACCUGGUACCGGAAUGGGGUCCAACUCUCCACAGGAGCAGGCCUCCAGAUUCACCAGCAUGGAUUAGAAAUUGAAAGAGUGAAGGUUUCAGACAGUGGUAUGUACACUUGCAAAAUUUCAAAUAUUGCUGGACAAACAGAGAGGACCUUUCAGCUCAUGGUGACAGUUCCUCCUGUUAUUAGCGGUCCUCUCCAGCAAAAUAUAACAGGCACUUUGGGCUCCAGUGUCCUCCUUCACUGUGAGGCUACAGGCAUACCAUCACCAGUCAUCAGCUGGCUAAAGGAUGGCACGUCAAUAGAGACCAGAGCCUCAAGUGUCAGCAGCAGUAGCAGUAGAGUGGAGAUUGGCCCUCUGCGUCUUUUAGACGCUGGCACCUAUAUCUGCCUGGCAAGAAAUGCAGAGGGAGAGGCCCGUACACUCUACUCUCUUACUGUGCAAGUUCCCCCCAGCAUUACUGGAUCAGGUCUGUUAUCAGACGUCAGCUUAUCCAAAGGCAAUCAACUGACCCUGGAGUGUGUGGCAUCUGGCAUCCCCAAGCCGGAGCUCACCUGGUUGAAAGAUGGGAAGCCACUUGACCUCAGUGAUACUCAGCAUCUGACGCUGUCAGCUGACAGAAGUUCACUCCAUUUUCACUUGCUGCGACCACAUGACUCUGGGACAUACAGCUGCCUGGCUGAAAAUGCUGCUGGCCGGGAGACCAAGGUCCACGCUGUAACUGUAAUGGAACCUCCCUUAAUUCUCAACAAGUCAGCAUCCCCAUCUAAUGUGACUGUGAAUCAGGGUGGAGUUAUCACUCUGGAGUGCCAGGCUGUAGGCAGCCCCCCACCACAUCUCAGCUGGUUAAAGAAUGGAAUGCCCCUGGUGCUGUCCCCUCGAACCCGGGUCCUCACCUCUGGCAAGAUGCUAAGAAUCUCUCAAGCACAAGUCACCGAUUCUGGGAUUUACACCUGUGUGGCAACAAGUGCUGCUGGAACAGCGGAGCGCAGUUACAGCCUGCAGGUCCAGGAGCCCCCAGGUGUUGACAGGACAGAGCCCUCUGAACAAGUAACGGUGAUCCGCGGCUCAGCAGUAACCUUCACUUGUGAAGCCCGAGGGUUUCCUCUUCCCCGUCUGUCCUGGUUUAAGGAUGGUCAAUCCCUAUCACUACACAGUAAUUUGCUUUCAGAUGGACUGGAGACUCGCCUGCACCUCCCUGACGUUACUACAGCAGACUCGGGCCAGUACACCUGUGUGGCUUCCAACCAGGCCGGACGCAGCACCAAGCAUUUCAAUCUGACAGUGCUGGAGCCUCCCAAGAUAUCUGCUGAUGGCUCUCCAGAGAGGGUGUCCUUGGCAGUAAACAAUGCACUGGAGCUCGAAUGCACUGCUUUUGGGAUUCCCCCUCCUAGGAUUACCUGGUUGAAGGAUGGUCGCCCUUUGGACAGAGAGGGAGGGCUGCUGAGGAUUGAACAGGUGCAGGUAAAGGAUGCUGGCCUCUACACCUGCCUGGCUAGCAGUGCUGCAGGAGAAGAUGGGAAAAACCACUGGGUCCAUGUCCAAGUUCCCCCAAAUAUCCUGGGAUCUGCUGAUUCGAAGCCUGUGACCGUUGUGGCCAACAGACAACUUACUCUAGAAUGCCGGUCUGAUGGUGAACUUCCUCCAUCCAUUGAAUGGUAUAAGGACAACAAUCGAAUUUUGAUGGACAGUCGCAUUCAGACCCUGGCAGGAGGCCAGUACCUGGACAUUCAAGAGGUCAGCCCCUCAGACAGUGGCGAAUAUAGCUGUGUGGUCACCAAUAUCGCUGGGAGCAGCAGUCUGAUCUUUCAUGUUGUGGUUUACAUCACCCCAGUGAUUAAGGCGGGCACUUCUCUGGUCACAGCUGUGGUCAGUCAGCCAGCCUUGUUACCCUGUGUGGCAGAGGGACUGCCUGCUCCCACCAUCACCUGGAGAAAAGAUGGUGGCCUCAUCUCACUAGAGGGUACAAGAUUCGAACUCCUGUCAGAUGGCUCCCUGAGGAUCAAGGAAGUACAGCUGUUAGACGUGGGCCGAUAUUACUGCACCGCUUCGAACGCAGCAGGCUCAGCCCAUAAUGGGGUUGAUCUUCGUGUUUAUGUUAGCCCAUCCAUCUUGUCCGGGCCUGUUAAUGUCACCCUAACUGCUAACCUGCGGUCUCCUCUGAGCUGCGAGGCCACUGGCAUGCCUCGGCCACAGGUGACCUGGAAGAAAAAUGGAAUUCCUCUUGAUUUUAGCCCUUAUCAGAAUAAGUACAGAUUGCUUGCUUCUGGUUCUUUGAUAAUAACCUCUCCCACCAUUGAAGAUGAAGGGGUGUUUGAAUGCAUGGCCACCAAUGAGGCUGGAGAGGAGCACAGGACCAUUGAUGUUUCGGUGCAGGUGCCUCCAACCAUCGUAGAUGACUCACCUGAUAUCACUGUGACCAAGAUGGCAGCUGUUGUCCUUCCUUGCUAUGCUACAGGUCAGCCAGAGCCUGUGGUUACCUGGACAAUGGGAGGAGGCCAGCUGGGAAGCAGAGGAGCCGAUUACAGAGUCCUGCCAACAGGAGCUCUCGAGAUCACAGCAGCACUUCCAAGUCAUGCGGGCCGAUACACCUGUUCAGCCCGAAAUCCUGCAGGAGUGGCCUUCAAGCACAUCACUCUCAGUGUUUUGGAGCCGCCCACGCUGAGAUCAAUGGCUGAGUCUAUUGAGGCAGUCUUGAACCACGUUGUCAUUCUCCCAUGUGAAACUAUUGGUUUCCCCCGACCAACCAUUAGCUGGCAGAAAGAUGGCAUUCCUAUUGGAUCAGGUCCCAGAUUGGCAGUGCUGCCAAAUGGAGCCCUCAGGAUCUCUCGUGUUACUUCAGAUGAUGCUGGCACUUACCUGUGUAUAGCCCAGAACGAAGCGGGCAAAACACUGGGUGAGACGCGACUUACUGUGCAAGUGCCACCAGUCCUGAGAGCUCCCAACCAGGAAAGAACUGCAGUCCUCAACCAAUCAGUCAGCUUGGUCUGUGAGGUCGAAGGUCAGCCUAAAAUAGAAAUCAGCUGGCUCAAAGAAGGACGUCCAAUCCGAGAUGGUGGGAGGCUCAAGAUGCUGCCCAAUGGAACUAUUUGGAUCCAACAGACACAGAGGGGAGAUGCUGGCCGUUAUACCUGCUCAGCAGUAAACGCAGCAGGGAUGUCCAGCCUUGAUAUCAGACUUGUCAUCCAUGUUCCUCCUCUUAUAGUGACUGACCGAACUGAGCUGUCUGUUAUUGAAGGCUAUCAAGCCCUCUUACCAUGUGCCGCUCAGGGUUUUCCAGAAAUGAGGAUCUCUUGGGAAAAAGGUGGCUCAGUGGUGCGCGAUCUGCCAGGCAAGUUCACAAGGCUACGAUCCGGCCAGCUGGUGGUGGAGCAUGCUGAGGCAGGCGAUGCUGGCCUCUACACCUGUGUGGCAGAAAAUGUGGCAGGAACAGCGCGACGGGACAUUCGUCUCUCAGUUCACGUCCGUCCCACAUUCAUCGAACUGCCUGGAGAUGUCACGCUGAACAUGGGUCAACGCCUCACACUGUCAUGUCUGGCAGGGGGGACACCAUCUCCAACUGUCAGCUGGACAGUCAAUAACAAGCCCAUUCCAGCCGUUGAUUCCCACCAAGGAGGCCAUAGCUCCCUGGCUAUUGAAAACGCCUCCAAGGAAGAUGCUGGCACCUACAUCUGUAAGGCAGAGAAUGUCGCCGGAGUCAUUAAGGCCAUCUCCUUUGUACGCAUUAGGGAGCCUCCAGUUAUAGUAGGGACCUCUCAUGUGCUGCAGACAGAGCCACAGGGACGAACAUUAAUGUUGCAUUGUGCAGUCCGAGGAGAUCCAACUCCACAAAUACGCUGGCACAAGGAUGGGCAUCUGCUGUCUAUGUCCCAUAGGCUGUGGCAGCUGCAGAAUGGAUCACUGACCAUCUAUAAUACUGGGAGUGGAGAUGACGGAGAGUACAAAUGUGUGGCAGAGAAUGAGGGUGGUGUGGCAGAGAGGACAGUCAUCCUGAAGGUUCAGAUCCCAGGUGGCUACUCUGACUGGACAGCCUGGGGCCCAUGCAGUGCCUCCUGUGGACAGGGUGUGCAGGAGAGAACACGCUUGUGCAAUAAUCCUGUUCCAACCAAUGGUGGCCGGCCAUGUGAAGGGAAGGACACAGAGACACGGACGUGUCAGAGCAAAAUGUGCCCAGGCUCUCUCCCUACAAGAGCUCGCGUCAGUAUGAUUGGGAUGAUCAAUGAGAGGGAAUUUGGCGUGGCAUUUCUUAGUGCUAACAUCUCAGAGGAUCCAGAAGCUGGCAUCAGCACUGUGCGGGCCUCCAUAAAUAACAUCCCACCCUCUGUAGGACCCCUAAUGCAGGUUUUGCUGACUGUCCUUGCUCCGGUCUACUGGACUACAGUAUUCCAGGCUGGCGAUGUUAGGAAUGGCUUCUCACUCACCAAAGGCUUCUUUCGACAGGAAUCUCAGGUGGAGUUUGGCACAGGGGAGAUCCUCAAGUUGACGCAUGUGGCUCGAGGCCUGGAUUCAGACGGAGUACUUCUGGUGGAUGUAGUUCUGAAUGGGUUUGUUUCAGAAACUUUGAAUGAUGCCAGUUUGGCCCUGCAGGAAUUCAGCGAAUCGUACACCCAGACUGGAAGUGGUCAGCUGUAUGCCUGGUCCACACAGCGCCUCCUGCUGGACCGCAGCUUCUUAUCCCUGCGCUGCAAUCACUCCAUCAUCUUUGAGGAAAAUGCAGGACUUCGGGGUCCUCUGCUGCAGAUUUUGAGAGUCCGCAGCAUUUCUGCAAGCUAUCACCGUCAGAGCCAGGAAGUGCAUUUUCAGUUUAGCACCUCACUUCAUGUUCCAGAUGGCCGUGGAGACCAGUGCCCAGAUGGUUUUGUCCUCGACUCUGCCUCCUACUGUUCAGAUGAAAAUGAAUGUGCCGCCCUGUCAUCCUGUUCACACUCCUGCCACAAUUUCAUGGGUGGCUUUUCCUGCUCCUGUCCCAGUGGCUUUCUUAUCGCAGCCGAUGGUCGGAAUUGUGAAGAUAUUGAUGAGUGCUCCCAGGGCUCGCAUGUGUGCCACUACAACCAGCAGUGUAUCAACACCCCAGGGGCCUAUCGCUGCCUCGCACAGUGCGGACCCGGAUUCAAACCCAGUAGCCAGGGAAGCAGCUGUGAAGAUAUCAAUGAAUGUGAGGAGUCGUCCAUUUCUCCCUGCCACCAGCGAUGUCUGAACACUCUGGGCUCGUUUCGCUGUGCGUGCAAUGCUGGGUAUCAGCUGGUUGGCAAACGCUGCAUAGAUAUCGAUGAGUGCACGAUGAACAAUUGCCCAGCUCACAAGCGCUAGAACACAGAGGGUGGCUACCAGUGCCUAGACAGCUGCACGGCUGGCAUGACACCAGCUGAAAAUGGAGCCUGCGUAGAUAUCGAUGAAUGCAAGGAUGGCAGCCAUCACUGCCGCUACAAUCAGGUCUGUGAGAAUAGCAUUGGAGGAUACCGCUGCACCUGCCCACGAGGGUACAGAUCACAGGGCGCAGGGCGACCAUGCCUUGAUAUUGAUGAGUGCCAGCAGCUACCAAAGCCAUGCGCCCACCAGUGCCAUAACAUUCCUGGCAGCUACAGAUGUCUCUGUCCACCAGGCACUGCCCUGCUGGGAGAUGGACGCUCGUGUGUCGGACUGGAGAGGGUGCCAGCAGGCUCAAACAGCAGUACGGGGGUGCUGACCAGGCUGCGACCCCAGCUGGUAUCUUCUCAUGGAGGCCCCUUGUUCACCAGUUUGUUGUUUCAGCCAAACGGUCAGGAUUUGCUAGAAGGCAGAAGGAGGACAUGUCCAUCGGGGUACACAGAGAGAGGUGGAGUCUGUGUGGAUGUGGACGAGUGCCUACAAAGGAAACCUUGCCAACAUGAGUGCAGGAAUACACAGGGCAGUUACCAGUGCCUAUGCCCACCAGGAUACCAACUUCUCCCCAACGGCAGGAAUUGCAAAGAUAUUGAUGAAUGUCUGGAGCAGAAUGUAAGGUGCGGUCCCAAUCAGAUGUGCUUCAACACACGAGGGAGCUACCAAUGUCUAGACACUCCAUGUCCUGCCACCUACCAGAAGGGCUCCAGUCCUGGGACCUGCUUCAGACCUUGCACCCUGGACUGUGCCAAAGAUGGGCCGACGACCCUUCAGUACAAGCUGCUGACCUUGCCCCUUGGUGUUCCGGCCAAUCACAACGUCAUCCGGCUUUCUGCUUUUUCUGAAGCGGGGCUGCUGCAGGAGCGCACAACGUUUCAGAUCUUGGAGCAGGAUGGUCACGGGGUUGGAGGAGCAUUGUUUGGAAUCCGAGACGAGGCCGGCCGAGGAAUCAUCUACACUCUACGCCUUCUUCAGACCGCUGGCCUGGCUCAGCUCCGGGUCCAGGCUACGACACACAGUGAUGGUGGCCAGGUCAAAUACCAGAGUGUUUUUGUCAUAUACAUUGCGAUUUCUCAUUACCCUUACUAAACAGGGGAUGGGUGCCCACUGCCACCCAGAUCAGUGCCUAGUGCUGUCCCACAUCAUUAACUGACACUCAGUUCCACUAAAACAAAGUAUGCAUGACCUCAGGGUGGCCAGCGUGGCUCAGGGUUUAGUGCCACCCUGUGUGGCAUUGGUGACCUCCACAAUGGAGCAGACUACAGCUGGCAUGGUGCCACCCACAUAAUAAACUUCUGCCCCAUUUUGUAAGCACAGAUGGUAAAGCGAGGGCUGUUAGAGCCGACAGAGGGGCGAGUGGCACCUCACAUGGCCGUCUGCAUUUCAGGAUUUAAAUUAAACUUUUGUUUUUUUUUUUUACACAAAGUUUGUAUUUUUAUGUUUUUGAUUACUGAGCACGUAAGGAAUGUGGAAUUAUUUGUAAAGUUAUUUUUUAAACUCACGGUUAAUUAUAUGUAUAGAAUUCCUUUUGUGUCUUUUUCUAUCAGGUUUCUUUUGUUUUUUACAUCAGUGAAUAUUGAUUAAUACCUUAAUAUAAUGUAAUCUAACUCUGCCCUCAUUGUCAUUUUGAUUUUUAUUUCUAUUAUCUGAUUCUGCAAGUUAUCCAAGAUGCCACCACUCUGAACCGUCCGAGCUCCCAUUUUUUUUGU